AUGGCAGCGAAAAUAAGCUCGAGUGGUUUAAAAUUCGAUAUGAAACAUGGUGAAGUCAUUGAACUCGUUGUGAAAGAGGUUUUGCAUAAGCUGAAAGUAAAACGAAGACCUUUGGACAGCAAAUUUAUUAAGGAAGACCAACAAGUAAAAGCCAUAAUGGAGUUGCUAGACGUUGACUCCAGCACAGGUGUGCGUUUCGUUGGAAUUUAUGGAAUGGGUGGGAUCGGUAAGACUACACUCGCUUCAUGUAUUUACAAUGAAAUAUAUCCUCGCUUUGAUAGCCAAUGUAGCUUUCUUGGAAACAUCCGAGAAUUGUCGAAGAAAAAUGGCCUAGUAGAUUUGCAGAAACAGUUGGCAACCGACAUCUUUGAUUCCAGGUUUGUUGAAAAAUUUAUCGACGUUGAUGAAGGGAUAGCUAGCAUAAAGAGGAGAGCUGGUUCUAAGAAAGUUCUUAUUGUUCUAGACGAUCUAGACAAGAAAGAACAGCUUAAGAAACUAGUGGGGGGGCCUGACACUUUUGGUUCUGGGAGUAGGAUUAUAAUUACAACAAGGGAUAAACGGAUUCUGAAUGAAGAGGAGGGAAUCUUAGCUUAUGAAGUAAAGCAAAUGGAUCCUAGUAAAGCGCUAGAGCUUUUCAGUUUGCAUGCCUUUAAUAGUGUCUCUCCUCCCGAUACUCAUCAGAUUCUCUCUCGAGAAGUUGUAUCUACGACCGGGGGACUCCCAUUGGCUCUUGAAGUCAUAGGUUCCUGUCUUCGUCACCAAAAUGAGGAAAUAUGGAAAGAAAUGCUAAAAAGGUUGAAGAAUGUACCUCAUGAUGAAGUUUGGGACAAGUUGAAAAUAAGUUUCGAUGAAUUACGAGAUGUGGAAAAAGAAAUUUUUCUUGAUAUUGCAUGCUUCUUCAUAGGUGAAGAGAAAUCAUGGGCAACCUAUUUCUGGGAUGCUUGUGAUCUAUACCCACAUAGCUCAUUGAAAAAACUUACUGAUUUGUGUCUGAUUAAAAUUGUUCAUGCUGAUACCAUAUGGAUGCAUGAUCAGUUGAGAGACUUUGGAAGGGACAUUGUUUGCCAAGACUGUAACAGGAAUCUGACAAGGCGCAGUAGGUUGUGGAAUGGCAAAGAAGCUCUGAAAGUAGUAAGAUCGAAAGAGAGAAAGUAUAAAGUGCAAGCACUCAAUCUAGUUGGACGUUUUUUAGAUCCAAUCGACAUUGUCGAUGAAGAACUUGAGAGGAUGCCUAAUAUGAAAUUCCUCAAGUUAAGAGCAGGGACUUUUGUUGGAGACGUCAACAAUUAUCUCCUGGAGCUAAGAUGGCUUUUUUGGUGUGUUCCUCCUCUAGAUUGUAGAAUGGCCAAUUUGGACUUGAAGAAUCUAGUAGUUUUCAAACUUUCGAGCAAUGAAAACACCGAAAACUGGGGUGGAUGGAACAUUUUGAAGGUGGCAAACAAAUUAAAAGUUCUUUCUCUCAUAAGAUGUAAUGGACUGAAACGGACUCCAGACUUUUCUGGAUGCUUGAGUUUGGAGAGACUGUCUCUUGAUAAUUGUCAAAAGUUGCAUGAAGUUGACUCCUCUAUUGGGAAGCUAAAAGGUCUUACUCACUUGGACAUUAUUUGGUGUAAGAGUCUUCUAACUUUGCCUGAAGAGAUUGGAGAACUAGCGAAUCUAAAGCAAUUUUGUAUGAAAAACUGUUGCCAAAUGAAGAAACUUCCAUACUCUAUUGGGAAAUUAGCAUCACUGUCUAAGUUGGAUCUACCAUUCUCAAAAAUUAUAAAUUUACCCAAUUCUAUUGGCAAUGCAAAACACCUGUCAUUACUUCAUCUAUCAGGCACGCCAAUUGUGGAACUUCCAAUUUCUAUUGGAGAGCUCACGCAACUCGAGUUCCUUUCACUCCAGGGAUGUGGAAGUUUAAGGAAGCUUCCAGAAUCAAUAGGCAACCUGAAAUCGUUACAGAAGUUGGAACUCUCGAGGACAAACAUUGUUGAGUUACCUGAUUCUAUUGGCAAUGCAAAACACCUAUCAUUACUUUGUCUAUCAGGCACGCCAAUUGUGGAACUUCCCAUUUCUAUUGGAGAGCUCACGCAACUCGAGUUCCUUUCAUUCCAGGGAUGUGGAAGUUUAAGGAAGCUUCCAGAAUCAAUAGGCAACCUGAAAUCGUUACAGAAGUUGGAACUCUCAGGGACAAACAUUGUUGACUUACCUAAUUCUAUUGGCAAUGCAAAACACCUAUCAUUACUUUGUCUAUCAGGCACGCCAAUUGUGGAACUUCCAAUUUCUAUUGGAGAGCUCACGCAACUUGAGUUCCUUUCACUCCAGGGUUGUGGAAGUUUAAGGAAGCUUCCAGAAUCAAUAGGCAACCUGAAAUCGUUACAAAAGUUGGAACUCUCAGGGACAAACAUUGUUGAGUUACCUGAUUCUAUUGGCAAUGCAAAACACCUAUCAUUACUUUGUCUAUCAGGCACGCCAAUUGUGGAACUUCCAAUUUCUAUUGGAGAGCUCAUGCAACUCGAGUUCCUUUCACUCCAUCGAUGUGGAAGUUUGGUGAAGCUUCCAGAAUCAAUAGGCAACCUAAAAUCGUUACAGAAGUUGAAACUCUCAAGGACAAACAUUGUUGAGUUACCUGAUUCUAUUGGCAAUGCAAAACACCUAUCAUUACUUUGUCUAUCAGGCACGCCAAUUGUGGAACUUCCAAUUUCUAUUGGAGAGCUCACGCAACUCGAGAUCCUUUCACUCCAUCGAUGUGGAAGUUUGGUGAAGCUUCCAGAAUCAAUAGGCAACAUGAGAUCGUUACAGAAGUUGGAACUCUCAGGGACAAACAUUGUUGAGUUACCUGAUUCUAUUGGCAAUGCAAAACACCUAUCAUUACUUUGUCUAUCAGGCACGCCAAUUGUGGAACUUCCAAUUUCUAUUGGAGAGCUCACGCAACUCGAGUUCCUUUCACUCCAGGGAUGUGGAAGUUUAAGGAAGCUUCCAGAAUCAAUAGGCAACCUAAAAUCGUUACAGAAGUUGGAACUCUUGGGGACAAAUAUUGUUGAGUUACCUCAUUCUAUUGGCAAUGCAAAACACCUAUCAUUACUUCAUCUAUCAGGCACGCCAAUUGUGGAACUUCCAAUUUCUAUUGGAGAGCUCACGCAACUCGAGUUCCUUUCACUCCAUGGAUGUGGAAGUUUGGUGAAGCUUCCAGAAUCAAUAGGCAACCUGACAUCAUUACAGAAGUUGGAACUCUCAGGGACAAACAUUGUUGAGUUACCUGACUCUAUUGGGAAUGCAAAACACUUGUCAUUACUUCAUCUAUCAGGCACGCCAAUUGUGGAACUUCCAAUUUCUAUUGGAGAGCUCAUGCAACUCAAGUUCCUUUCACUCCAGGGAUGUGGAAGUUUGAGGAAGCUUCCAGAAUCAAUAGGCAAUUUGAGAUCGUUACAGAAGUUGGAACUUUCAGGGACAAACAUUGUUGAGUUACCUGAUUCUAUUGGCAAUGCAAAACACCUAUCAUUACUUCAUCUAUCAGGCACGCCAAUUGUGGAACUUCCAAUUUCUAUUGGAGAGCUCACGCAACUCGAGCUCCUUUCACUCCAGGGAUGUGGAAGUUUAAGGAAGCUUCCAGAAUCAAUAGGCAACCUGAAAUCGUUACAGAAGUUGAAACUCUCAGGGACAAACAUUGUUGAGUUACCUGAUUCUAUUGGCAAUCUCACGCAACUCGAGUUCCUUUCACUCCAUGGAUGUGGAAGUUUGGUGAAGCUUCCAGAAUCAAUAGGCAACCUGACAUCAUUACAGAAGUUGGAACUCUCAGGGACAAACAUUGUUGAGUUACCUGAUUCUAUUGGCAAUGCAAAACACCUGUCAUUACUUCAUCUAUCAGGCACGCCAAUUGUGGAACUUCCAAUUUCUAUUGGAGAGCUCACGCAACUCGAGCUCCUUUCACUCCAGGGAUGUGGAAGUUUAAGGAAGCUUCCAGAAUCAAUAGGCAACCUGAAAUCGUUACAGAAGUUGAAACUCUCAGGGACAAACAUUGUUGAGUUACCUGAUUCUAUUGGCAAUGCAAAACACCUAUCAUUACUUCAUCUAUCAGGCACGCCAAUUGUGGAACUUCCAAUUUCUAUUGGAGAGCUCACGCAACUCGAGCUCCUUUCACUCCAGGGAUGUGGAAGUUUAAGGAAGCUUCCAGAAUCAAUAGGCAACCUGAAAUCGUUACAGAAGUUGAAACUCUCAGGGACAAACAUUGUUGAGUUACCUGAUUCUAUUGGCAAUGCAAAACAUCUAUCAUUACUUCAUCUAUCAGGCACGCCAAUUGUGGAACUUCCAAUUUCUAUUGGAGAGCUCACACAACUCGAGUUCCUUUCACUCUAUGGAUGUGGAAGUUUGGUGAAGCUUCCAGAAUCAAUAGGCAACCUAAAAUCGUUACAGAAGUUGGAACUCUCAGGGACAAACAUUGUUGAGUUACCUGAUUCGAUAAAAAAUCUCAAGCAAUUGAGGGUGAUGAGGUUAGCUAGGACUCCGAUAAAGAGGUUACCUGCUAGUAUUGGAAUGCUAGAGAGGUCGGAGGAGCUCGCUGCCCACAAUUGUGAACAACUUGCAAGCAAGCUUAAGAUUGAAAUUGGCAAACUAUCGUCUCUAAAUAUCCCAGACUUAUCAUAUACUCGUGUUCAUGCAGUGCCGACAGUAGUCAAUUCCCUCAUGCGACUCCAAACACUAGAUUUAACAAAUUGUAAUGAGCUUCAGGAGUUGCCAAAACUUCCCUCGAGUUUGAACUUUCUAUAUGUUCAAUCGACAUCGUUGCAGUUAGUUCCGGACCUCAGUUACCUCACAAAUCUAGUGGAAUUGGGUCUGUCUAACGGCUUUGGACAAGCACUUGCUCAGGCAUCAAACCCAAUGCAAACUCUUCAAUUACAAUGGGUUGGAAAGUUAUCUAAGUUGAAGAAAUUGAGCUGGGGCCUUUCAGAUGUUCCUGUGCCAUUAACGGAGUUGGGUUGCCAAUUUCAGCUUAGAGAACUCACUUGUUCUUGCAUAAACAAUUUCGACUUGAUAGUUGUUGGACCACAAUUUUCCAACUUGAAAUUUUUAUCCAAACUGGGUCUUUAUUGCUCUCCACUGAGGGAAAUUCUACUCGAUGGGCUUGAGCUAUUGAGAGAUUUGACCGUGAUAAAAUGCGAAUUUCUCGAGGGAUUGUCAAUUAUUUCAUCAAGCUUGAGGAAGCUCUGUGUAAUGGGAGUAUUUGAUUGCCCAAAGCUACUUGAAAUUCGAUUUCUCAGUUCGAUGGAAUCAUUGGAGAUGCUUCGGGUUGCACGCUGCGAUUCCCUAGGCGGGUUCUGUGGUUUAUCAAACUUGAAGAAGCUGAAGGCUUUAUGGAUCAACAACUGCGAUGGGCUACGGGUUGUUGUGGGCCCUGAAGAAACGGAGCUUUUGCAUCACUUGAAUUUUGACACGUGUGAAUGGUCGGAAAGGUUUGCUAAUGUAUCCAACUUAAGGAUACCAAAUGAAUGCAAGAUAAAUGUAAGGGCUUGCGCGGAAUUACCAGAUACUAAUGGCGACCUUAUCAGUUACGGGGAUUACAGAGAGAUGAUUCUUGACAGGACGAGGAAGACAUUUAAUGAGGAAGAUGUAAUGGAAACAAAUGAAGAAGAAUCAUUGAUGGAGAUCAGCAGCUAUAGGUCUCAGAGCUCGUCAUUGACUAUCAUAGGGUCUCCAGAACCUGGCACUGAGCUCGACUCUAGAGGUUUGAAUGACUUUCAGUCUCCUCCACGAACCACAUCUUCGGAUGUUUCCAAGUGUUCGUGCUCAAUUCUGUAAACAAAAUGUGUCUGAUUAAAGCGAUGGCGAGAUGAAUGAAUUCACAAUGUGAUCGAGUUCGGGAAUCUUGUGAAAUUUCGUAAGUAAUGGAGUUUACUCUGCUUUGAGGACAUGUCCCUCCUCUUCCAGGUCCACCACAGGGGAAAUUUAUUGUCGAUUGUUCGAGGUAAUUAAUUCCAUUUUGUGAAAAUCCAAUUGUGUGCCACGUCGAUUUCCGAUGCAUAUGAUACUUUUCUCGAAAGUGCGCAAUAUGAUGGGCAAGCUCAAGGUAUCAGUAUGUUCAACUAAUAAAUUUUAUGCCAUAGGUCACUCUUUUUUGUUAAUGCCGUAGGAAGUCAUUUUUAAACAGUUAAAGAAGAAGAUGAUCUAAUUCUCCAGAUGAUCCAGUACUUCAGAGUCAGUUGUUGUAAUUGUUAUCAUUU